AUGACUGCUGCCCUCAGCAAGGAUCUGUUGUUGGGUUCUGUCGAUGCUUCUUUAGAGGAGAUUGACACAAGACCGAGAACUCCGUGCUUUCGAUCCGAAAAGGAGCCAAGAAUUGGCCCUUCCGCUGUUCUUCAUAUUUCUGCUCUCUCCAACAAAUCGCAAGACACACAAGUCCCCUGUCUUACGACAGAACCACCUGCAGAUGAGAUCCCCAGCAUCCAGGCCUCCAAUGCGAGCAUUCAAAUAGUUCUAGAUGUUUCCCCGGCUCCUGUAGAUCCCUUCCUGCAAUGGGAGGAUAUUCUCGAUCUUGAUAGCGAGUUUCCUGCGCUUUCGGCUUACCAUGACCUAGAAUUUCGAUCUACCUUUGAUUGCACGACCUCGUUGCAUUUGAAUGGCCCCUUGACUGACCAGCCACUAAUAGCAUAUCCAACUUUUGAUGACGCUGAAGGCUGUGAUAUUUCUUCCGAAAACACUGCGUAUCAGCAGACGUUGACGCAUCAGUCGUACGUAAAUGAUGAUAUAUUGAAGAAUGCCCCUGAAUUACUGAAGCAUUUCCAAACAAAUGUUAUACCCCGGAUGACUGUUAUUCCUCCAAGCAAAAAGUCACCCUGGGAUAUCGUGAAUAUACCGGCUGCGUUGCUUACACUGGGAUCAUUGAUGAUAAUGAACUGCGAAACCGUUACUCAUGCGCGGCAAGCACAUUUAUACUCCCUCCUUGCAUGCUCUGCAAUCGAUCUCGCUAUGAAUCCAUCAAAGGAUAAGACGCGUUCUUCGCGGGAGUAUUGGGAAAAGCUUGCAGAGCAAUGUUAUGCAGAAGCCAAAAGUCACAUACGGAUAUCCUUGAGCGAGGAGACUGGAGGACCCAGGAAGGCCAAGCUUAAAGACCAGUUGAUGGCCCUUUAUGGAAUGAUACAAUUUACAAUAGGAGCACCACACUCCGCAAUUACCCCCUUUCCUGCUAUCAGUACUGACGACGUGAAGGUAUUUUCCGGCCAACAUAGAUGCAAGGUGUUAUCUUGUCGAUGCGGAGCGACUCCUGCGCGUACGGGGACUACCAAAGCGCAAGAUCUCACGAAGAAUGCGUCUUCUGCUCAAUAUCUACACCUGGCUUCGGAUUUCAGGUGA